AUUUAUUCGCUUCAUAUUUUGAUUCCAGAGACCCCCCAACACACCAUCCUUAAUCUUACCUAGUUUUCUUCUCAUGGCUGCAAUAUCAUGUUCCUAUGUAUUCACCUAUGAUGUGUUCCUUAGCUUCAGAGGCUCAGACACACGCCAUGGUUUUGUUGGCAAUCUCUACAAAGCUCUUAAUGACAAGGGAAUCCACACUUUCAUUGAUGAUGAGAAGCUUCAGGGAGGAGAGGAAAUAACACCAACACUUAUGAAAGCAAUUGAGGAGUCCCAGAUUGCCAUCACUGUGCUCUCUCACAACUAUGCUUCUUCCUCAUUUUGUUUGGAUGAACUUGUUCACAUCAUUGAUUGUAAGAGGAAAGGUUUGCUGGUUUUGCCGGUUUUUUAUAACUUGGAUCCUUCUGAUGUGAGACACCAGAAAGGUAGUUAUGGAGAAGCAUUGGCUAGGCAUGAGGAAAGGUUCAAAGCUAAGAAGGAGAGGUUGAACCAAAACAUGGAGAGGUUGGAGAAAUGGAAGAUGGCUUUGCAUCAAGUAGCUAAUUUGUCUGGAUAUCAUUUCAAACAAGGAGAUGGAUAUGAAUAUGAGUUUAUUGGGAAGAUUGUUGAAAUGGUUUCUGGCAAGACUAACCGGGCUCUUUUACAUAUUGCGGAUUAUCCGGUUGGGCUAGAGUCACAAGUAUUAGAAGUAGUGAAACUUUUGGAUGUUGGAGCUAAUGAUGGUGUCCACAUGAUAGGGAUCCAUGGAAUUGGUGGGAUAGGAAAAACAACACUUGCUCUAGCAGUUUAUAAUUAUGUUGCUGACCAUUUUGAUGGUUCGUGUUUUCUUGAAAACGUGAGAGAAAAUUCAGACAAACAUGGGUUACAACAUCUCCAAAGCAUCAUUCUUUCUGAAUUGGUUAAAGAAAAUAAAAUGAACAUAGCAACUGUGAAACAAGGAAUUUCAAUGAUACAACAUAGGCUCCAGCGAAAAAAGGUUCUCUUGAUUGUAGAUGAUGUUGAUAAGCCUGAGCAAUUGCAGGCUAUUGUUGGAAGACCUGAUUGGUUUGGUUCUGGCAGUAGAAUCAUCAUCACGACGCGCGACGAAAAACUGCUGGCAUCUCAUGAGGUUAGAAGAACAUAUGAGGUGAAUGAAUUGAACAGGAAUGAUGCUCUUCAAUUGCUCACAUGGGAAGCUUUUAAAAUGCAAAAAGUUGAUCCAAGUUAUGAGGAGAUGUUGAAUCGUGUGGUAACUUAUGCUUCUGGCCUUCCAUUGGCUUUGAAAGUAAUAGGUUCCAACUUGUUUGGAAAAAGUAUACAAGAAUGGAAAUCUGCUAUCAAUCAAUACCAAAGAAUUCCUAAUAACCAAAUCUUAAAGAUACUCAAAGUAAGUUUUGAUGCUUUGGAGGAAGAAGAGAAGAGUGUUUUUCUUGACAUUGCUUGUUGCUUCAAAGGAUGUGAAUUGGAAGAGGUUGAAGAUAUACUUCAUGCUCAUUAUGGAGACUGCAUGAAAUAUCAUAUUGGGGUGCUGAUUGAUAAAUCCCUCUUAAAGCUUAGUGUGCAUGGUACAAUGGUGACAUUGCAUGACUUGAUAGAGGACAUGGGUAGAGAAAUUGUACGACAGGAGUCACCAAAAGAUCCAGGGAAGCGCAGUAGAUUAUGGUUCCAUGAGGAUAUAAUUCAAGUUUUAGAAGAUAACACAGGAACAAGUGAAAUUGAAAUCAUAUGUCUGAAUUUCCCCUUACUUGACAAAGAAGAUAUAGUAGAAUGGAACAGAAAGGCCUUCAAGAAGAUGAAAAACCUCAAAACUCUGAUUAUUAAAAGUGGUCAUUUUUGCAAAGGUCCCAGGUAUCUUCCAAAUAGUCUAAGAGUAUUGGAAUGGUGGAGAUAUCCUUCACAUGAUUUACCAUCUGAUUUUCGUUCAAAGAAACUUGGCAUAUGCAAGUUACCCCAUUGUUGUUUUACAUCACUUGAGUUGGUUGGCUUUUUAACGAAAUUUAUGAGUAUGAGAGUUUUGAAUUUGGACAAAUGCAAAUGUUUAACACAGAUACCUGAUGUAUCUGGUCUCCCAAAUUUAGAAAAACUUUCAUUUCAACACUGUCAAAAUUUAACUACAAUUCACAGUUCAAUUGGAUUUCUAUAUAAACUUAAAAUAUUGAGUGCUUUUGGUUGCACCAAGCUUGUGAGUUUUCCACCCAUCAAGUUGACCUCUCUUGAAAAACUCAAUCUCUCGCGUUGUCAUAGUCUUGAGAGUUUUCCAGAAAUAUUAGGAAAGAUGGAAAACAUAAGGGAACUUCAGUGUGAAUACACUUCCAUAAAAGAAUUGCCAUCUUCAAUUCAUAAUCUUACCCGACUUCAAGAAUUACAACUGGCUAACUGUGGAGUUGUUCAGUUACCAAGUAGCAUUGUAAUGAUGCCAGAACUUACUGAACUUAUUGGUUGGAAAUGGAAAGGGUGGCAAUGGCUAAAACAGGAAGAGGGUGAAGAAAAAUUUGGAUCAUCAAUAGUAUCUUCAAAGGUAGAAUUGCUUUGGGCCUCAGAUUGCAACCUGUAUGAUGAUUUCUUUUCAAUAGGUUUCACGCGGUUUGCUCAUGUGAAAGAUUUAAACCUAUCAAAGAAUAAUUUCACAAUGCUUCCUGAAUGCAUCAAAGAAUUUCAGUUUUUAAGGAAGCUUAAUGUGAAUGACUGCAAGCAUCUUCAGGAAAUUAGAGGCAUUCCACCUAGCUUAAAACAUUUCUUAGCAACAAACUGUAAAUCCUUGACUUCCUCAAGUACAAGCAUGUUCCUGAAUCAGGAACUGCAUGAGACUGGAAAAACUCAGUUUUAUUUGCCAGGAGAAAGGAUUCCAGAGUGGUUUGAUCACCAAAGUAGGGGACCUUCAAUUUCUUUCUGGUUUCGCAAUAAGUUCCCCGGCAAAGUUCUUUGUCUUGUUAUUGGACCUAUGGAUGAUGACUCUGGAAUGUUAAUAUCUAAGGUGAUCAUCAAUGGCAAUAAAUAUUUCCGUGGUAGUGGUUAUUUCAUGAUGGGAAUGGAUCAUACAUAUCUUUUUGAUCUUCAAAUAAUGGAAUUUGAAGAUAAUUUGUAUGUACCUUUAGAAAAUGAAUGGAACCAUGCGGAGGUUACAUAUGAGGGUUUGGAAGAGACCUCAACCCCUAAAGAAUGCGGAAUCCAUGUAUUCAAACAGGAAAGUAGCAUGAAGGAUAUUCGAUUUGCUGAUCCUUAUGGCAAGAGAAAAUUAGGCAAUGAUCGCAACAGUUUGGAAUCACAAAACCAACAAUUGCUAAAAAAACAUAGGUUUGUGGACAUGGAAGUUUCAUAGACAUAAUAUGUGCAACAACAACAAUGUAUUGUUUAUGGUCACAUCAUUUGAGUUGGGCAUGUAGCUAUUUUCAUUUAUUCCUGCUACAACAAUGCAAUCAUUGUAUGAUAAUGUGAGCUUUGAUUCAAAUUCAAUGGAAUCAAAGCAGAUAAGGGGCACCAUUAGUGUCAUAGGUAAAUUAUCUGGCGUGCUCUAUCACACUAACUGAUUUUAAUUUGCCUUAUUAUUUUGAUCUACAUAAAUGGAACAAAAGAAAAGAAGUAUAUAUGUAGGAAUUCA